CAUUUACGCUACCAUUCCAUAAUAACUCAAAUGGCAUCACCCUCUCUCUUUUUCUCUUCCCACAUUCAUACAUAAAUUCGCGGGUUAGGGUAAGGCCCAAUCCCUGUUAGUUCUCUCAGAACUACUUGGUUCGGUUUCACAAAUGGCUCCACUCCCCUACGCUGCUUCCAUAAAGCUCCUCCUUUUCUCUCUUCUUUUGUUCUUAUUCCUCUCUCUUUGCUUCUCCCAACCUCAACCUCAGACCAAAACCUUGUCUACUUUUAGUGUCAGCAGAAGAAGAGUGUCGGAAUUGGAAGCCGAAAAACAAGAGAAAAAGAAAUCCACCAAGUUAAUCAAGCCCACCAACCUUUCUCUCAAAAACCAAACCAAAAUAGCCACCAAAAACCAAACCAAACCCACCCUCACCGACACCGUCAAGAAACUCAACACCACCACCCUCAAAACCAAGAAGCUGAAUUCCACUUCCAUAAAAAAAUCAUUGGAUCUCGCGAAGAACAAAACGACAAAACCCACCGCCACCAGCGACAAGGGAACCAAUAAAACUGAAUCCGACAAUAAACAGAGUAAAAAGGGUAACAAGAAACAAGCACCGCCUAGUUGGGUGUCGGAAGAAGAGGACGAUGAUUUGGUUUCGGAGUUUAAGGAUCUACCCAUCAGGUUCCAGCAAACACUCAUUCCAGACCUGGAACGAAUCUCCAUUACCUCCAAAGCUUACAUCACAAAAGCCAACAAAGAGAUCACAAAAGGGUUCAAACCCUACGUGGGAAACAAAUACGCACCCACCCUUGCCACCUUCCUCUCUUGCGCAUUCGUUCUUAUCCCUUUGCUUUUGGUCUCUCUCCUUUUCAAUAGAAUCAAAGCUUAUUUCUCUCUCCAGAAGCUCUUGAUAUUCAUCCAAGCCUAUCUCUCUAUCUACUUCUCCAUUCUCUGUCUCUCUUCUUUCAUCACUGGUCUUGAACCUCUCAGGUUUUUCUACUCUACUUCGCGGUCCACGUAUUUGUGUUUGCAGGUUCUUCAAACCCUUGCUUAUGUCUUCUACCUUCUUCUCCUUCUCAUGUAUCUCGUUUUGGUCUUCUCCACCGACUCGGGCUUGGGCUCUAAAUUCCUGGGCCUGGCCCAAACCUUCGUGGGCUUCGCCGUUGGGUUGCAUUACUAUAUGACGGUGUUCCACAGGGUUGUGUUGCGGCAACCUCCCAAGACCAAUUGGAAGAUUCACGGGAUUUAUGCCACGUGUUUUUUCCUAAUCUGUGUCCUCGCUAGGGCUGAUAGAAGAAAGAAGACUUAUUUGGAAGAAGGUGGUGAAGAAGGGAAGAAGAAUUGAGUUAUAUAUACACCUAAAUUUUUGGUUUUUUCCUUCUUUUUCAUUAAAUGUUCAAAUUAUCCAAAGCAACAUACCAAUAUUGUUCUAUUGUAAUGUAAUGCCGUAAGGCUUUGGCUUUUGAGUUUUGGGUCAGCCAGCAUUCAGAUUCGUUCCAUAAAUAAAGAUGAGUUGAUAACAUAAUCGUACUAUUGUAUAAUGCAUCACUCUGAAUCAUAUAUAUAUAUACAAUGCAACAUUAUCGAAGUCUCCUACU